AUGACACGAGUGGAUGGAGGAGGCUGUGGUGGAGGACAGGUGAGCAUGGCAAACCCCGUGGGUGUUUGUUUGCGUGAAUUUUUGGAGAAGUGUGCACGCGUGUGCGAAGCCUGUCUAGCUCAGUUGGUAGAGCGCAAGACUCUAAAUCGUGUGGUCGUGGGUUCGAGCCCCACGAAUUUUUUGAGAGAAGUGUGCACGCGUGUGCGGAAGGCCUGUCUAACUCAGUUGGUAGAGCGCAACACUCUAAAUCGUGUGGUCGUGGGUUCGAGCCCACGGUGGGCGACUACCAAUGAUGCGAUCAACUGA